UCCAACACUGCCGGAGACGGAGCGGGCGGCGAGGAUGCUGCUGCUUUUUACAGCGGAGUUAGAAGAAAGGCGUGUUUUGAGCGGCUGUGAUUCUUUUUGUUGGAUAAAUCAAACGUAUACGGAGAUGCUGGGCGUGCGGAAUUCAAUUUACCUUCGCACCACCACGCUGUAAUGUCCCAAAUGAAUGGAAGUGGACACCCUAGGGGGGAAAGUGGUGUGAGCGGCCAGGCCAUGAACGUUGACCCGACGGUGUGAAAGAAUAAGCCACCCCGGAAGCUUCCAUUUUGUGUACCAUGCCCGUCCAUCAGAUCUCAGUGGUGCCGGUCAGAGAGACGGCCAGCAACGGCAGGAAUUCGGGCAGAAGCAAGGAGAAGAGCAAGGAAGCAGAGAGUGAGAAACCACCCAAGCGUUCAGGGAGUCGAUCCAGCAACAUCUCCAAGGCCAGUAGUUCUACAACUGGACUGGGACACACCAGUGUUUCUAGGACCUCGGUCACACCGUCUUCUCAGGACAUUUGCAGCCCCUUGGGCACUCUGCCCACACUGGAGGAGCCCUGUGUGGAGCUCACCCCGGUCACAGUCCUGUCCCGCUCAGACCAGCAGGGAGGCAAGAGGCAGGUGAAGAGGAGGCACAGGAAGAAGCGGGACGUCCCUCAGGGGCCCCCCGAAAACAGCGGGGGGUCGGAGCCCCGCGAGGAGGGGGCCGGUCGCCGCGGCGAUAGGGAUAGGGCCUCCUUCACCUCCUCGGACGAGGAGGAGAGCUGGAGGGAGUCGCGUAGCUGGAUUCGGGAGCGGCCCAAGAAGGGCCGGGGGCCGAGUUCCUCCCGCCGGGAGCAGGAGGAGCCCCGGGAGAACCCUCGGGAUAUAGAGCUGGUGUCCGUGGACUCCGCCGACGGUCCGAAAUCUAACACGGGGAAGCGCCGCACCCCCCCGGCCACAGGGCUGGAAGAGCCCAACCGCCCGGGCCUGAAGAACCGCCGCAAGCCCGCAGCCAAUCAGGAAGAGCCUGCGCCAAGCCCCGCCUCUUCCUCAAGGAAGGGGAAGUCCGAGGAAGAGAUUCUGAGCAGCGGCCGGAGCCAUGGAAGCUCCUCCCCUCAAGAGGAAGUCCGCAUCGCUGCCACGUAUGAGGAGCGUGUGUCUGGGGAGGACGUCCUGUCCGCCCCCUGCCCCCCCUCCCCCCACGCGGAUCUGACGUCGGCUGAUCCGCCCGGUAACAGUAGCACAGCCCAGCAACAGCACCAGUGUUCGGACGAUGAGUUAGAAGUGUGCAGGAUCUGCCACUGCGAGGGCGAUGAGGAGUGCCCCCUCAUCACGCCCUGCCGCUGCACCGGGAGCCUGCGCUUCGUCCACCAGGGCUGCCUGCACCAGUGGAUCAAGAGCUCCGACACACGCUGCUGCGAGCUCUGCAAGUACGCCUUCAUCAUGCAGACACAGCUCAAGCCACUGCGCAAGUGGGAAAAACUCCACAUGUCAACCGGUGAGAGGAGGAAGAUCAUCUGCUCCGUCACCUUUCACAUCAUCGCGGUCACGUGCGUGGUGUGGUCGCUCUACGUCUUAAUCGACAGGACGGCCGAGGAGAUCAAACAAGGAAAAGAAAACGGUGUGUUGGACUGGCCAUUCUGGACCAAGCUGAUCGUGGUGGCGAUCGGCUUCACGGGAGGGCUGAUCUUCAUGUACAUCCAGUGUAAGGUCUACCUCCAGCUCUGGAGGCGGCUCAAAGCCUUCAACAGGAUCAUAUUUGUGCACAACUGCCCGGAUACAGACAGGAAGGGCGAGGAAAAGCCCAGCGCCCCCCUCGCUCAGACCAACGGGAGGCCGGACUCCGUCCCAGCGCCGGCAUCCCAGAUGGACACAAACUGCCACAGACCACAGGGGGGCGCUCUCGUCCCCGACGUCGCACCUGUCUGACCUGGCCGCCGACAGGCAGCACCCGCUUAUGUCUUGUCCGUUUCUUGGAGAUGUGAAGUUUUGGAAGUGCACAGCUAUUCGCUAAAAAAAACACUUUGGAUAUCCCAGAGGAGAAGCAGCACCUGUAUCAAAUGUUUCCAAGAAAAACGCCCUCCCCCCCCCCGAAAUUAGAUAGGUCACAAUAUAAUUGUACAAAACCUUGCCAGUCUUAGCCGCUGGCACCAAAGAACUUGUGGAAAGAGUACCGGGUACUAAGGAGUAACAUGCAAGUUCAAUUUUAGGGAAGUAUUAUUUAUUUUCUAUUUUAGAAAGAAUAUAUAGUUUUGGUUUGCACUGAGAACAGUAUGAACCAGUUUUUAUGAACCAGGUGAACAAUGUUGUUUAUGAACAGUAUUCACAGGCUUUGAAAUUCAAUGAACAUAUGGAGCUUAUAAAAGUUGGUUCAAUUUGAAGAUAUAUUUGACGAGAUACUCCCAUUGGUAGAGCGGUUCAGAAAACAUUUAACAAUUGUUUUAAAACCUUCUGUAAUAAACAAGUCUGAGAAAUGCUGCAAGCCAUUUACCCUAGACUUCAGCGAGAUGACAUUAAAAUGUUGCAGCAGUAUUGAUGAACAGCACAACAAAGAAAUUAACAACUUAUUUUUCAUAAUGAUUCAGAUGAAGUGAACUGGGAAUGAAGAAUGUGAAUUAUGACAAUCCUCUUGGAACAUAUUAUGCCAACAAGAGAGGAUAUGUCAUUCUUUAAUUACCUGCGGAGUGUUUGCAAGCCCAGCCGAGGGUGUGGGAUACUAUAUGUAAAUUAAAGACAGUGCAAUAAAUCUGUGAAUGUA